CCUGUCCAUGACUUGCACUUACGCUUUCAUCCACUUUUUUCCUUCUAAACCCUAGUUUAUUAAUCGAUUGGGGAAUACCUGGAUUCUCUCUGAUCCGUUAUUGACGCAUUUCUUCGCCGUGGUAAAGGAGUUGCGAUACUGCUUGAGUGGAGCCUCUAAUAUGGCAAAGGUAGCUACGCUUGGUGCUUUAGCUUCUGCACCGCAACAAAUUGGCGGGGAUGCUCUCAAAAUUGGAACAUCAGUUAAAAGGAAGACCCCUUCGGAACUUAGAGGGGAGCAGUUAAAGAUGACAAAUGUUGCCGAGCUUGUUCAUAAAUCUUUGGCCCCAAGUGAUAUGGAGAAUGGACUCAAAAAACCAGAUCCACAAAGGAAUCCAAGAUAUAUUGACAUUCGUAUGAAUGAAGUAUUUCCUUCCAAGAAACCAAGGUUCAAACUGCCUUCAGGAAAAGAAAAUUCGAAGCAGGACAAUAGUUCAGUUGAGCAACCUAGCUGCCUAAAGAAAAUAUCUGCAUUUUCAAGUAUGGCUGCCAAGAAAAGGAAACAACUUUCAUGUCCAGAGGGUUUUGUUGCUUCUGUUGAUGUUCCAAAAGAAGAUGAUGUGACCAAUGCCCAUAGAACACUUGAAAAAUGCAAUCAGGGUACAUUUCUCAGUGUUACUGAGCUUUCAUCAGGGGGCCAAAAGUUAUCAGGCUUGGCAACUGUUAACAUGGAUAAAGCAUUGAAAGGACUAGCUGCUUGUGAAGCAAUCCCGAACUUACCUUCAGACUCUUCUGAAAGAUUUGAUGAUCUUUCAAAGGGGAACUUCUGCUCUGAUUACAAUGUGACGGGGAAGAAAAUUCCUCUGGAUUUUACUCUGAAAACUUAUGUGCGAUUGGUGUCCUCCUCCUCGGUGAAUUGGUUACAUAGGUCAAUGAUGUCUGGCACAUAUAAUGGUAUGCCUCAAUUUACACCACGUUCUGGUUCUUUUGAAGACCAAAAUAUUAGCAGUGCUUCUCAGACCAGACUGGCUUCCCAAGUGUUGAAUUCUAAUACAUUACAUUCUUGGAUUUAUCCUCAAUCUACCCUACCACCGUCUCUCAUUUCAGUACUGAUCUCAGCAGCAGCAGAUGGAGCUGAAAUGGAUUUCUUAAGAAAGCGGGUCGGGGUAUGGGAGGAAUCAUUUCGGAGUCUUUACUAUAUGUUUCGGGAAAAUGUUUGUAGCAUCUUUUAUGUGUGCACUUCACAUUUUGUGGUGAUGUUCACUGCUACUGAUGACUCGGGAAGAAGUAGAAGGUCAUACCAUGCUUAUAUCUCUCAGUCAACCAGAGGUUUGAGGUCAUUACUAAAGGAGCAAGAUGUUUCUUUUUCUAUGCCUCUUUGCCAUUCUCAAGUAGAACAUGUGACUACUGAGGUUCUCUUAGAGCUUUCAGAAAUCGAGAAGCACAAGUUGGGUCAGACUCGACGCACCAAUUCCUUCUCUGAUAUUGAUAAUACUCCCCAGUCAUUACUGGUUUUCGUUGGAAAUCAGAAUGUACAUGGUUUGUAUGAGAUUUUGUUAAAUUAUAGAUCUUUCUUGACCUUUCUGAAUGCUGUGGAUGUUCCUGUCUUAUAUUCUCCUAUUCCUUUUCAGCAUGCUACUCUUUCUGCCCCUGAGGUUAAAUGCAUGGAGAUUAAAAUGGCUGAUCAUGGUGCUUCUGUUCCCCAAGGAUCCAUCUUGAAAGAUGGACAUUCCAUUCCGAUUUCAUCUAGUGGCCUUUGUUAUAGCAUUGAAAUCAAGGAUUCAUAUAUUCCCCCUUGGAUUAUCAGCAACAUAUGUGCUCAAAUGUCUUCUAAAGGGCAACGCUUUGAAGCAAGCUUUACAACUGAGCAUACAUCGGUUGGGUUAAAUACUGCUCUCGGGACAUUGUGUGAGAUAGCCGGCAGUAGCGAAGCCACGUCUGAUGAAAAUACACAAGAAAUAAUAGGCUACUCCUUUGGUGUUCCUGAAGCUAUUGUUUCCCCUCAUUUGAAUUCUGGUUUACUAAAGGAGUUGAAAUACUGUGAUGGUUCAUAUAUUGUCUCUCACCCCUGUAUGACAUUAUAUAAUGCUCUCACAUCUCUGGGGGGUGAGGGGUAUAUUUGACCGCGUAAUUUAUUAAUGUUAUUUGUUUUAUAUGAAAUGUUUGGUUUUG